AUGACGGAAAAAUUGGCUAGAGCUAAAGGUAGACACAUCGGCCUUGGAACUUACUUAAAAGGUCUAACGAGCGAACUUAACGAGUAUAUUUCUUCUGGGAGUUGCGAGCAAGUAAAGCUUCUUGGGUUAAAAAGCACGCUCUUGAAAAAUGUCGAACAAUAUAGUAUUGUGCAUGAAGAAAUCUUAUCCUUGAUUGACACUGAGAGCGUAGGGACGGAAGUAAUUAGUCACAUGAAAAGUCUAGAGCCAAGUUAUCAGGUUUUAGCCAGGACAGAUUUAGAACUUGAAAAAAUUAAAUGCGAUCAAACCAAUAGCACUGCAACUUAUUCAGCAUGGAGUGUAGGUGGUAAUAAUACUGUAAGCUCUCAGAUAACUCUUCCCCAAUUUACAGGUGAUCCUCUUGCAUGGCAGGGGUUCUGGGAUCAGUAUCAGGUUUCGGUUCACAAUAAUGUUAGUAUUAGUGAUAUUGACAAGUUCAAUUAUUUGAAGGGGUGUCUUAAAGGCGAGGCUGGGGCUGCUAUAUCAGGGUUAUCCUUAAGUUCGGAAAACUAUAAGGAAGCUGUAAGUAUUUUAAAGGAUAGGUUUGGAAAUGAGCAAGUUUUAAUUUCGGCUCAUAUGGAAUCCUUGUUGAAAAUUGACAAGAUUAGGUCUGUAGGUAACAUUAAAGGGUUAAGAAUGCUGUAUACUCAUGUUGCAAAUUGUAUUAGGAAUUUGAAAUCACUUAAGCUCGAUACCAGUGGAUAUGGUUCACUUUUAAUUCCCAUAUUAAAGGACAGACUGCCUGAUGAGAUUAAUAUGAUAAUUUCUCGACAAUUUUGUGGCAAAGUCUGGAACUUAGAUGAAGUGAUGGAGUAUUUUAGCAAUGAACUUAGAGCCCAAGAAAAUUGUAGUCUCUCAAUGAUUAACAAAUCCAAACCAUUUAGGAAAAGGGAUAAUGGCUACACAGCAAGUGGAUUGCUAAGCCAUAACAGUAACCCUGCAUGUUUAUAUUGUAAUGAAGAAGGCCAUUAUGCGUCGAAGUGCAGUAAUAUAACAAAUCACCAAUCUAGGAAGGCCAUCUUGCGUAGAAAUAGGAGAUGUUUUAUUUGUCUAGAUACAGGGCAUGUAGCUAAGCAUUGUAAAUCGGGUUAUGUAUGCAAACGAUGUAAGAAGGGUAAGCAUCACAACUCAAUAUGCGAAUCUGGUUCUGACGGAAGGAAUAUAGAACCUAAGGGUACUGGGAAUAAUGAUAACAAAGACGACAAACAUAAUGAUAUUAAUGGGUUUGUAGGCAAUAGCUGACAUAUGCCCCGCAGGUACCACAGAGGUUAAGAAUUGCACUAGGAUUUUGUUUGACAGCGGUAGUCAACGAUCGUAUAUUUCUGAAAAGGUUAGGACUAGGUUGCAAUUAAAAACUCUUAGAAGGGAAAAGGUUAUUAUAAAGAUAUUCGGACAAACUAGUGAUAGCGAGGUACAACAACUUGAUGUCAUACAAUUGAACAUAAAGAAUAAGUUUGAUAAUGGGUUCACACUAAUUGAAGCGUUAUGUGUUCCCACAAUAUGUAGCCCAUUGACAAAUCAACACAUAGCUAUCACAAGAAAAUUAGAGGAGUUUAAGGAUUUAAAAUUUGCUGAGUGCAUUAGUGACUCAACAACCCUACCAGUAGGAAUUUUAAUAGGCAUUGACUUUUACCAUGCAUUCAUGACUGGAAAGAUCAUUAGAAGUAAGGAUGGACCUAUUGCUUGUGGGACUAAGUUAGGUUGGGUAAUUAGCGGUCGACUUGGUUCAGGUUCACCCAACCUGCAUUGUUUUGAAACAUAUUUGUUGCGCACUGCAGUUGAAGAAGUAGAUUUAACAGAUAUUUUGAGAAAUGAUCUGGAUAAAUUUUGGGCAGUUGAGAACAUUGGCUCAGACAGUGACCAAGUUGUCAGUGAUUUUAGGAAUAACAUUAUCCAUGAUGGAACAAGAUAUGUGACAAAGUUACCUUUUAAGCUAGACCAUGAGCCAUUACCAGAUAAUUUUGCAGUAAGUGAAGGACGUUUAAAGUCAUUGAAAGGUAGAUUAGUGUCUAAAGGUAUACUUAAUGAUUAUGACAAAAUCUUCAAAGAUUAUGAACAGAAUGGCAUUAUUGAGCAAGUUCCUGCCAAUGAAGUUGCAGGACAAGUAGGUCAGGUCCAUUAUCUCCCUCAUAGACCAGUAAUUCGUGAGGAUAAGGAAACCACUAAGAUCCGCGCAGUGUUUGAUGCUUCUUGUAAAGUUAAUGGUCCCUCACUUAAUGAAUGUCUCUACUCAGGACCAAACCUUCUUGCUAGAAUUUUUGACAUUCUUAUAAGAUUUCGACUAAAUAGAAUUGGGAUGAUAUCAUUCCACCAGAUAUUGCGUUGGUUUGGGACAAAUUUUUAGAGGAAUUAAAAGGUCUCCAGGAAAUAAGGCAACAUCGGUAUGUUUUCGAUUUAGAUUUUCCUUCGAAAAAUCGAAUUGAACUUCACGGGUUUUCUGAUAGCUCCAAAGAGCUUUAUUGUGCAGUUGUCUACCUUCGGCUUAUUAGCAAUGAUGGGGUGAAACUGUCUUUUCUCGCUUCGAAAACUAAAGUUGCCCCUCUUAAAACCCUUACUAUUCCUAGAUUAGAGGAAAGGAAAAGAGUUGGGAACCUUGGGUUGAGAAUAGAGUUGUUUCUAUUAGAAAUGUUGUGGAUCGUGAUAGUUGGAGGUUUGUUAAGGGAGAGGUUAAUCCUGCUGACGUGCCCACACGAAUAUCUUCCAACCUGCAUGAAUAUUUUGCGGGAUGUUGGUUUUCUGGUCCUUCUUUUCUCCUGUCACAACAUUUUGAGUCCAGUGGGAAGGACAUUAGUACAGAUGGUACAAAUGGAAAUUCAGUUGAUGAGUUGAGUGUUAAGAUAGGUAAUAUUUCCGAAGGCUCUUGUAUGAAUAAUACGACACAGAACGACACUCCAGAUCACGCGUGUUCAUUAAAUACUGUCAUUGACUGCACCAGGUACAGCUCGCUUAAAAAACUUAUCGUGACCACUGGUUAUGUGAUGAGAUUCAUCAACAACUUACGUAAGCGAGUGAAGAAACAGUCAGGCGUAAUCACGGACGAUGUCCUAAAGGUCGAUGAAUACGAGAUAGCGUUGUCAAUGUGGAUUAAAGAUGAACAACUAGUCAUUAAGAGACAGUCUAAUUUCCGUAAUCUCCGCGCCUCGUUGAAUCUUUUCGAAGACAAAAACGGAUCACUACGGUUAAAAGGACGAUUUGCAAAUUCCUCAUUGAAAUACGAAGAGCAACAUCCUGUUUUAAUUCGGUGUAAGGACAGUCAUUUUACUCGGUUGGUUAUCUGGGAUGCACAUGAAUCAACGAUGCAUCAUGGAGUCGAGUCAACGUUAGCGAGAGUACGAGCCAGAUACUGGAUCGUCAAAGGAAGAAAAAGCGUCAAGGACAUUCUACGGAAGUGUGUCUUGUGCAAACGAUAUCAGGGUAAACCUUUGCGCGGCCCUGAAAGUCCAGAUUUUCCAGAAUUCAGAAUAGACCAUUCGGGAUUUGCAUUCCAAGCGACUGGCUUGGACUUCGCCGGUCCAUUGUACGUGAAGAACAACUCGGGAACUGAUAAAGUGUGCAUUCUUCUGCUAACUUGUGCUUCUAGUCGAGCCAUUCAUUUAGAACUUGUGAAGGAUAUGUCGGUCGAAGGGUUUCUACGAGGAUUCAAACGGUUUAUAGCUCGUCGAGGUGUUCCUGAAGUAAUAAUCAAUGAUAACUUCAAGACUUUCAAGUCGAGAGAAGUAAAGCGGUUCAUGCUAGGACAAGGUGUAAAACAACGGUUCAUUCUUCCAGCGUCGCCAUGGUGGGGAGGUUUUUAUGAACGUCUUGUUAGGACAGUCAAAUCGUGUCUAAAGAAAACCCUAAGGAGGACUUAUACAACGUUCGAAGAACUUCAAACGAUUUUGUGUGACGUGGAAAUUGCCAUUAACUCUCGGCCAUUGGCAUAUCUAAGCGAGGAUGACCUGGAUGAGCCCUUGACACCAUUCCAUCUGAUACAGGGUCGUGGUUAUGUUAGAAGAGAUCUCGGUCGGAGGAAUACGGAUAUUGUACCAAAUCUUAGUCUCGGACAGUGUAAAGAUCGACUUGUGCAUCUGCAAAAGGUAUUAAAAGAUUGUUGGGUUCGGUUUCGAAGAGAGUAUUUGAAUGAGUUACGACAGAUGAACAUUUAUCGAAAGAGGAAGGGUUCUACUUGUGAUCUGAUAAUCGGAGAAGUAGUUCUCGUCAAAGACGAUGAGCCAGCUCCACGAACGCAGUGGAGAAUUGGGAAAGUUAUACAACUUGUAACCAGUCGGGACGGCCAAGUCAGAGGUGCAAUGCUAAAGGUACUUAGCAAGAGUGGGAAGCAGACAAUGAUCCAUCGACCGCUACAGAAAUUGAUAUCGUUUGAGAUCGCAGAGAAUAACGUCAACGAAGACAAGAACGUAGAACACGAUGAGACAGCGGAGUCAACUGAAGGAAAUGAAACACAACACGAUAGUUUGAGAAGGUCGACGAGAAAGGCUGCCGUAGACGGACAAAACGCACGACGAUUAAGAAACAAGUAUUAG